AUGUCUCCAAAGAACGUGACUGAGCCAGAGGAGAUCACCGGACAGAGUGCUCUUCCCAUCUCUCGUAUCAAGAAGAUCAUUCAACUCGACGACGAUAUCGUACAAUGUUCCAACAAUGCGACCUUCGUGAUUGCGAUGGCUACUGAGAUGUUCAUCCAGUAUCUCGCCGAGCAGGGACACAAUGUGGUAAAAUCAGAACGGAAACCUCGAAAGACGGUACAAUACAAGGAUCUAGCUACCGCAGUUUCACACAUCGACAACCUCGAAUUCCUCGCCGAUGUGAUCCCCAAGACUACGACAUAUAAGCAGUUCAAGGAGAAGAAGGCUCAGGAUGCUGCUAAACACAUUGAGAUGGAGAAGGGCCAGCGGACCUUGAAUGGAACCGGGUCUGCGCCCAACAACACCAAUGGCAACUCUGUUGAAUCUGCUCUACCUGACGUAUCACCGUCAGUUCCUCGCACACCCGUGGUCCCCGUGAGCGCAUUGAUUGCCGACCGAACGGUUGAUCCUUCGACCCGGAAUGACCCUGAUAUUGAAAUGAAGGAUUGA